AUGGUCCGCAUCACUCUCUUCACCACUCUCGCUCUCGCCAUGACGGCCUUCGCGCAGAUCAAGCCCAACAACGCUGGUGCGAGCAAAGUUGGCAAGGGUGACGGCUCUCAGUUCAUCACGGGCGGAUGCGUCAGUGACGCCGACUGCUCUUCCGCGUGCUGCGCGAACGCCAGCGGCGUCGGCGUGUGCUCCGCUGAGGCGGCACAGUUCCAGAACGGCAAGAAUGGCUGCGGUUUCGACGACCCCAACGCCGCUGCAACCAUUGCUGCUGCUCAGGCCCAAGCCAAGAAGCAAGGUUUCUAA